CAGCACAAGCCUGCGGAAGACCUUUCUGCGCCUUUGGUGAACGGGAAGAGUUGAUUAUUUGAACGUUUUUAGUAUUUGACCGAUCCAGGCGUACGUAUUCGGCGAUAAUUACGCCCGGACUCGCAAGAAAGACCGGUCAAGGAAAAAAAGGCGCUGCAAAAGAAGAAGUUGGGCUACUUGAGGUCCAGAAAGCCUGGAAAGAUUCGGAUGGCAAAGGCUACGAGAGCUUCGCGGGCCUUUGCGGGGUAACGAACGUAUUGCGGGUGACCUUCCAGCCGUCGGUGAAUUAACAGCUCCCGGCAUCCUUCUUUCAACGGGAAGAAUGGGCUUCUGGGUAGUGUAGUUUUCAAAGGGAAGGAUGGAAAAAGAAGUUAUUUUUUUAAACCGCAGAGCGCCGCGAUCCUAGAGCGGCCGUAGCAGGCGGAAAGCGGCCCUUACCGGAAGUGCGUGUGGCGCCGCUCUGGGCGCUUUCCUCUCUGGCUUCGGCAACGGGAUGCCGCGGCUGAGGCGGCGGGAUGGCGGAAGGCGGCGGGGCGUCUCCGCCCGACUCCGGCGGCCUCUUGCAGCAGAUCCUGAGCCUCCGCUUGAUCCCGCGGCUGGGCAACGCCACCAGCCCCGCCUGCGCCGCCGCCCUCUGCCACUUCACAGAGAUGUGGUAUGGAGUCUUCCUGUGGGCACUGGUAUCGUCUCUCUUCUUCCACAUUCCUGCAGGACUACUGUCUCUUUUCACUCUCCGGAGGCACCGAUAUGGCAGGUUCAUGCCAGUGAGCAUCUUCCUGAUGGGCCUCGUUGGGCCGUUAGCUGCCGGGACCUUAACAAGUGCUGCAAUUGCCGGCGUCUACCGAGCUGCUGGGAAGAAGAUGAUCCCCUUUGAGGCUCUGACUUGGGGAGUGGGACAGACCUUCUGCGUGGUGAUGAUUUCCUUCUUACGGAUUUUGGCUACUCUUUAGCCCCUUCCCCCCUUGGUCCUGGAAGACCACCGCUAGAGAAUCACGGAACAGGAGCUUCAAAAGUGUGAGAAAGACCACAAAAUAGUUACGUGCAAUACCUUUUUGAAAGAAAGAGAGCUUUGCAACAGCUUCGCUUAACUUGAGGUUGACUUGUUGAGAAGAAACCUUGCCCUGGAUUGAGGCAAGGGGUCUCCCUGAAGGACCUCCCUCAUCUAAGGUCAGCCAGCCAGUCAAGAGAGUGGUAGAUCCUUCUACGCAUCAUCAUCAUCAUCAUCAUCAUCAUCACUGACUUGGCUGCUUUCAAUGUCCGCAUUGUGAUAUUGUUGGAGGGAUUGUCCUCGGGCUAAGAAUAAGAAGAAUGACCUACAAGGAAAUGUGGAAAUGUUCGUACUCACUGCUGUUGGUGAACGAGUGUUCAGGCGCCAGGUCUCAAACGAAAACUGAUUCUGUGUUCAUAAGUUGUGACAUUUUUGUAACCUCAAGUGCCAACCUGAGCGUUUCUGUUUUUCUUUUUUUUAAAGUAUGGUUAUCUGAUUUAGGUUGUGGGAGUGAUGCCGAUUUGACUCCAGAGAAGAAAAAAGAACGGGGUAACCAUUCUGUUACCUGAGUGGGGUUUCUACGGGGGAGGGGAUGCUUCACCCUGAUGGUUUGAAGCUUUUCCUAGGGGAAAAUGGGAAGGGGAGGCAGCCCGAGCAGCCGCAUCAACCUGCCCCCUCCGAUGGGAAGCGUUCGGCCUCCCUAUUAGUGCUGAGUCCAAGAAAGAAAAUUCUUUACUGCUACCUCAAGCGCACAGGACAUAUUUAAAAUGUAAUUUUGCUGGCAGGUGGUUUUACUGCAGGGGGCAGAGGAGUGGAGGCAAGGCCCGGAAACGCAUUUUGAAACCUGGGAGGCUCUCUCUUAAUUCGCUUCUGGUGGACUCCCAGAGAAACUGUGGGAAAUUGUACAAUUGAUUGCUGGCUGGAUUCGAAGGAAGGAAGGAAAGAAGGAAGAAGUGGCUGCACUUUUGGAUAUGCUUGUCUAGGAAUCCUCCAUUCCCUGCAGGCAAGAGGCUCGGAUUGCUUUGGGGACCUCACAAGUGCCUGGGCGCAAUGUUGCCCACCCUCCUGGGAUCAGUUUUGCAACCCACCAGUGCCCUUUCUCAGUGGCAGCCAUGCACUGUUGCCCAGGAGCUCACCAGUCUGCCUCACGGAGGCAGAUCCCAGUAUAUUUACCCCAAGAGCAUGAGAGGAUUCAUUUGCUGGGACUGAGGGAGGGAGGACAUGUCCUUUAGGACUCAGAUGGGACAUACAUGGUUAGACUGCCUCAUUUAUCAGGAAUUUGACACCAUCCCUCUCUCUCUCCCCAAAAGGUCCUGUCUCUGCACCCCACUUCUCCCCAUCUCAAUGCUUGUGAAGCCUCCUGGAUGAUUAUCGGGGUGUCUUCUGAAACCCAAUUUUCUCUGAGCUCGAUUAAUCCUUUUUUUAAAAAAAAAGAAAUAAGUGCUGUGGACCACAGGCAGGCUACCUGCAAGCAUUCCCCCUCCCCCAUUUUUAUCACUGUGAAGGAUUCCCUCAAUUGACCUGGUCAAAUAUGAGGUGUGUGUGAGCUUUUCCCCUCCAUUUUACGAAAGGACACAUGCCAAAAACGUGGUUUGUAUCUUGACAUAGGAGGCUUAACACAGCCCAGGGAAGCUUGCCUUGGCUCACAGGUGAUGGGGCUCACCCUGCUUUGCCAUAUUCCCACUCACUGUGCCCCCUCCCCUAAUUUAAGUGCAUCUUACUGCUCUCGCAAGCUUGCCCAUCAAUACAUUUUAAACAGUAAAGACUUAAAAUGUGUGAUUGUUCUCAUUUUUAAUGUAUGGGUCGUGAUUAAGUGGCCAGAAUGUCAGAAAAAAAAUUGUGAUCUUUCAAACACUUGUCACUUUUGAUGUGUUCCAGAACUGGUUGAAUGUGAUCACCCCACCUCUAUGAUCGUCCUUCCUUUGGCAAAUUGCUCUCUUAGCUCUCUUAUUUUAUACUUUCACUUUAGUUUUGCCAGGCCUUUCUAACUUCCUUCUUGAGCCAGAUGCUUGAGGAGGUAAAAACUGUCUUUUUCCCUCAGCCUCCUGAAUUCACUUGAUUGUUUGCCCUUGGUGGUUGGAAUCCUAGCUUUAGUGAGCAUGAAAGGAUCAACCAAGUCAGGAAGAAUUAAAUCUGCAAUCUCAUUAUUACCCAGCAGCAGGGAGCUUGGUGAAACUUGAAAAAAAUAAAGAGUGAAAGCCCACUCAGACUCAUCCAAAUGCUAAGAACAGGAUUGGCUGUUCCAUUCACUGCCUUUACCAAAUAUCUACAUUUACGAACACAUUGACUUGCAAUGGAGAAGGAGAGUCUCUCUCCCCCCCUCUCUCUCUUCGUACAACGGUGGAGAGGUUUGUUAGGAGCCUCCCACAAACUGGGUUUAAAGGCAGGGCUGAUGGACUCCUUCCUUGCAGCAAAUUUUUCCUUCGCACACCUGCCAGAGGUGCACCUGUUGUCUUGUUGGCAAAUGCCCACAGCGUUUGCAUGCCACUGAUCCCUGAAACAAAUGCAAACCAAUCUUUGUACAGGGGGAGAAUAAAUCUCCCAAUACCGGUUUUUAUUUUUCUAUUGACAUUUCUGAUUCUAACAUUGGUAUUUUAGCUAAUAAAAUCCCAGCUAAGUCUUCUAAACAAA